CUUGCACUGGCAGUCUAGACGCUAGUCUACCACGCAGCCUAGCCAAGUGUAACCCAUCGAUGAUGAAUGAUGAUAGCGUACUAGGCCUAGGCUUAGUUAGUUGAUAAUAAAAACUCAUUUCAAUCAUGUCAUUUAGUUUCUCAAAUGACACUGCUAAUAUUUUAUUUGAAAAUAAAGGAGAAGGCCUACCAGAUGUAAAAGAGGAAGUUGAUAGUUUACAAAUGAAUAGUAAAAAUGCAGCAUCAGGAAAAAAUAAGUUGUCAGAGGUGAACGAACUUAAAGAAAUUGAAGACGAGUUAUCAGAAGAGCUAAAAGAAAUGGAAGAAGAAAUGGAACUUCUAGAACUAAGUGCAAGUAAUUUUCAAGAUGAGGCAACAUUUAUUGAAAGCAAUGAUAAAAAAACCAAUAGAAGAUAUAGUUUGCGCCCUCAGAGGAAGUUACAAUCAACUCAUUGUGAUAAGUUUUCAUCAAAUGCAAAAAAAAGGGCAACCCCUACACUGCCAAAAAAUGGUACUUUGGAAACAAUUUUUGAAAAUCCAGUGUUUACUCGAAAAAAUGGAUCAUUAUCGUUGAUGGGAAAAACUAGGUUGAAACGGUACUUGUCAUUUGAUGAUUUUGUAAAUAAAACUAAACAAAGACACAGAAAAUUAAAAGUGAAAAGAUUAAGAAGAGGAAAAAAGCAAUCCAAAUGUUUGAAAGUAUCAGUUGAAGAUGUUAAAUUGAAAUUACAAUCUCUUGAUGAAGAGGUUGCUUGGAUGUCUGAUGAUGGUAUGAAGUGAUGUAGGUAACAUACUAAUGAGCUGACUUUUAAUUUUACUGGUACGCCGAAAGUGGGAAUCUCCUUUAAGCCUACUUAAAGAUGGUAAAAUUUACACAUUAUUUAAAAGACUGAUUUUUGUACACCUUUAAUAUCGUAUUUUUAACUUUUAUAUUUGCUUAAGCAUUCUGACUGUGUAUUUACCUUUGCAAUAAAAUAACAAUAUCAAA